AUGGUCAAGUUAUAUGGCGCUCCUACUGUUUCCACAUGCACGCGCCUCGUCGCCCUCAUCUUGAAGGAAAAGAAUAUGCCAUAUGAGUUGAUCCAAGUUAACAUGGCCAAAAGCGAACACAAGGCCGCGUCUUUCACAGCGAUCCAGCCAUUCGGAGAGGUCCCAUACAUCGAUGACGACGGUUUUAUUCUAUACGAGUCUCGCGCGAUCGCAAGAUACCUCAUCAAGAAAUACCCCAACCAGGGCACCCCUUUGAUUCCCAGCGACCCCAAGGCUCAGGCCCUGUUUGAACAAGCAGCUUCGGUCGAGGUGUUCAACUUCACCAACUUCGUUCAGCCAAUUGUGUUCGAAAAAGUGUUCAAGCCGCGCUUCGGUCUGCAACCAAAUGAGGAACGUGUUGGCGAGCUGUUGAAGACACUCCAGGAGAAGUUGGAUGUGUAUGAGGUGAUCCUCAGCAAACAAAAGUACCUUGCUGGUGAUUUUCUCACGCUCGCUGAUUUGUUCCAUCUGCCGUAUGGCACUGUGUUUUACACAAAUGGCUUUGCUGAGGUGUUUGACAGCAGGCCUAACCUUGCUAGGUGGUGGAAGGACAUUUCUAACAGGCCUGCUUGGCUGGCCGUCAAGGAUGGCGCGUAA